GCUUUCCGUGUUUUAUCCUCAGUUGGCCAUCAAAUCUAUACCCGAAGUUGCUUCUCUUUUCUACGUUGGGACUCCUACAAUCCGACUACAUUGGAAAUAGAUAUAUCUAUCUGGUAUAACAGGAAAUCCUCGAUAUGUCCCCUGAAAUCCCUAUAUACAAGGUGCUCUUAGUGGGCGAAAGCGGGAAGUGGUCUUUUCUCCAAUUGUGGGAACAACAUGCACACGCAGCAUAUACAAAUCCUAAAUCAGGUUUUAAGACAUAUCCUGUCCAAUUUUUAACCAACUGCGGGAAGAUACAGCUUGACUUUCUUGGUAUUUCUUUGCGAUGGUUACUGUCUCUUAAACUUAAGGGAGAUGCAAUGAUUUUCAUUGACGAUGCUACUUAUUUAAACGACACACAGCGACUGAAGGCUAAUUCUUACCUUCGAUGCCUCGAUAUUCCACUUAUCAUAUGUGAGGGGUCUCCCUCAAAAUGUCGUGAAACGGGUUUUACACGCAAGCUUUUUGGCAAAAACAUCUUACACGUCAAAAGACUGGGGCAAACGGGAAGAAAAAUAUUUAAUGCCUAUAGACCGCUGCUUUGGCUGAUGCGGAAGCUAGAGAAUAAUCCUCAAGUUGACUGGGUGGGUGUACCCCGGCAUUGUGCCCCUACAUUACGCCGUGGUAGCAUCAAUAGUCGCUUGAGUGAAGUCACUUUGGGUGAUACAUCCACCAGGUCUAGCUCGAUAGCAUUUACUCCCGCCACGAGUGAUGACAGUUAUUCCAAUAAUCAAGAGAAUACAGACAUUUACGACAACUCAGAUGAGACUUGCCAAACCACAACAGACGACUCAGAAGAGUUCAUUGUGUUCAUCCUAUGUGUACACUGUAUUCGAAUGAUUGCUAUUACGUCCCCAGAAACAGGUUCACUUGUCCGAUUGAUUCCGCUAUCAGUGCCAUGUUCACUAGUGACAAUAAUAUGUAGACAUUGUUCUGACACCAUUGGCCUUGAAAUGCCGGACUCGUUGCCGUUUAACGUUGUUAAACACACCCGCAUGUACGAUUGCGCUGAAACAGCUGCUGGGAAAAAGGUUGAAAUACUAUUGGGAGAUAAUGAUAUGACGUGGACUACAAACUUGCCCGACCUUGCAGAGAGCACGGACACAGACUGUUGCAUUUAUGGAAUACGCACAGAUGAUGAUACUAUCUCUAGGCUGCAUGAGGUUGAAGCAGCAGAUUUGUGGCUAGAACAUGUACCAGGGGCGUUCCUUUAGACUUGGGCAAUUUAUUUUUGCCAAUAUUACACCGUCAAAUAGCGA